CAGAAUUCACACGCUCAAUGUGGAAGCUAUUUCAUAUCAGUGUCAUGCCUUUUUCGAGUGCCUCGGUUUGAUCGAAAUAAGAAUGCAUCCUAUUUUAACUAGUACAGUCAGAGAAGUUUAUACUAUUUAAUAAGAUAAAAAAAACAUUGAUAAACAGGUUGUAUAUUUGAUUUGGAAUAUCUUCGCAGUGCUAUAUCAGGUUUAUAGGGUUAACAAAAGAUGUCAGAAAUCAAUACAUAUCUUAUUCACCGAGAAGAUCAAGAGCAAUUAAUACAAAUAAACAUUAAAACAAUACUUAAUGGCAGUGGCGGAUUUUUCAAUACCAAACGUUUAUCAGGUGUAUAACUGACUAUGAUAAACGAUACAACACUGAAAUCGAACGAGGAAGUAAAUUAAAACAAAACUCCCAUUUAAAUCUACGAAAGCAUAGAGCGGCAAACGUGUGUUGGCUCGAUUCAAACUUUAAACAAGGGAAGCGCAGUGUUAUUUGGGGGAAAUAUGAUUACCCUACAGCUUUGUUUUACAAUGGAUAUUUUGGAAUAAAGUUAACGAUGGGAUUUUUCGGGGAAGCAGGUUGUCGGUGGAGCUCGAAACAGGAUUGCUUCUGCAUAUAAAGGUAUACAAGAUUAGCUCGUCAGAUACUUUUGGAGAACGGUACAAAUAUGUAUGCAUGGUUUAAAGUUUAAACAGUGAAACCAUGGACCGUUUUCUGGAAGAGUUGUAUGACAAAAAUGCACUUCGAAAAGAAAAUUGUAGACUACAAUUGGAUAAUGAAAACUUAUUACAUGAAAACGUUUAUCUCAAAGAACGAUUUAAUCUUAUGCAACAUGAAAACAGUACAUUAAGCAGUGAUGACGACAGCUUUGAACAAGAAUAUGACGAAGACGGUUUAUACGACCGAGAUCACAUGCUGUAUGAAAACAAAGUACUUCGCAGUCAAAUUGAUGUCUUAAAACGGGUUUCAGCUAAUAAGCGAGGCAACAGCGAUUUGAAAAGUUUAUUGGAUGAAGAAAAAAAGAAGAACAAACUUCUUGAAAGAGAAAAUUCAAAACUUACAAGAGUCCAACGACAUGAUACUUGCAAACGUCAAGCCAGCGUUAAUAGUAAAAAAGCUUCCAUUGCAAAAAGAAAUAUUCAAAGUGUACAAGAAGAGAACAUCAAUUUAAAGCAAAAAUUAGCCGAAGUUCGCCGACAUCUGAUUGGUCAACAAGCAAAAUGUGACCGACUGCAUAAAAAGAAGACUUUUAUCAAAAACGACAAUGUAAAAAGUCCUGAGGAAGUCAUCGACAAUUCGUUACCAAAAUUGAAAGGACGAAGCAGGUCCACUUGCUCUAAAAGAUCGUUAACAACGACAAUUGAAAACGAUAGUGAUUUGAAGGUUUGUUUUGAUUAUCGUCGACAAGAAUGUGAUGACUGUAAACACUUACAAACAAAAAUUGAAGAAUUAGAAAAUGAAAAUACGUCCCUACAGCAAGAGAUGCACUCAUUCCGUGCCGAUUUUGAAACGAAAAUACAAAUACAACAAGAUCAAAUGCAAAUUUACAAAGAUUCCAUUUCAAAACUUGAAAGACAAAACGAAGUUGUUCAAUCCAAGUAUGAGCGAUACCUUAGUUCAACACAGCAGGAACUUAGCUCAUUACGUAAAACAAUUAGAAAACAUGAAGAACAUGUGAAAUUGUUAGAAAAUAAAAACGACAAACUGGAGCAAGACAGCAAAACCGAUAUAUAUGAAUUGACGAAACGUUCCAAGAAGGAAGAAGAAUAUCAUUAUCUUGAAAUUCAGAGGCAUAAAAAGGCUUUGGAAAAUGCUAAACAAGCACGGAAUGAUUCCCACCUAAAUAUAGAGAAACUAGAACUACGAAUCAAGCAAACCGAAAGUGAACUUCAAAGGGCCAACGAAACAAUCAAAAGCGAAAGAUCUAGAAAUGCAGCGCUGGCUAAAGAAAGAACGCAAUACAACGAAUCUUCUGAAAAUCUUCGGAUAUUGACUAAAGAACUGGAUAGCGAACGGUUAGCAAAAUCAUUAUUAUUAAAAGAAAGAAACCAUGACAAAGGGCAAGUUGAACAGAUGAAAGUAUUGCAGUUAGAUCUCGAACAUUGCAGAGCUCUCCUCAAACAAGAACACAACAACUCGGAAGAAUUACGAAAUACAACUGAAAAAAGUCAGCAGUUGGAAGGACAACUUUCUGAUCUCAAAACGUCUAGACAAGUUUUGGUUGUGAAAAAUGAUUAUCUUAACAAUGAAGUCAAACAGUUAUCAAAUGUUCUCGAAGGUAAAGAUGGAGAUAUAAGUAAGCUAAAAAUUGAACUUUUGGUGAAAGAUCAAGAGAUUGAAGAAAGAGUGAAUGAAAUUGUCGUGUUAAAAGAGAAGCAUGUAGAGAAUCAAGAACUGGUAUCUGCUCUACAAACUGAAAUCAACCAAUACAAAAGUAACUUGAAAGCCAUUAAUAAUUCAAACCUACAACGCGAACGGGAGAAAUAUCAACAGAAACUUAUCAAGGCUAGUUCGGAAUUAGAAAACGCGGCUGAAAACAAACUGGUGGAACGGAUGUGUUCUGAUCUUAAAACGUCUAAACAAGCGUUAAGCGAGACUGUCAAUUCUCUUAACAAACAAAUGAGAGAGUUAACAAUGAGAAAGGAUAGCGAAAUAAACAACCUAAAUUAUGAAUGUCAACGGAAAGGUGAAGAGAUUGAAAAUACAAUGACUGAACUCUUUUUGAUAAAAGAACAAAAUAAAACAAAUGAACAACUGGUCACUGAUUUAGAAAUUGAACUCGAGCAAUAUACAAGUAACUUAAAAGAAAAAGACUCUGACUCAGCAAAGAUGUGUAACACUAUUUUAAACCUAAAACGUGAAGUGGAGACAUAUAAGAUCGAACUAAAUCAGACACGGGACGAACUCAGACAUGUGACUCAGAAUAUUUUUGAAAAGUGUGAACAAGCGUUUAUUGAUGAAAGAGAUUCCUUAAACGAUAAAGUCAGAGAAUUAACAAAUGAACUCAAAAGAAAAGACAUCGAUGUAGGCAAGAUGGAAGCGAAAGUCACUGAGUUUUCCUCAACAGAAGAGAAAAAUAUUAAACUUGAACAACUGGUCACAGAUUUACAAAUUAAAGUUAACCAAUAUAAAAGUGCCUUGAACGACAAAAGUUCUGCCACCGCUAAUUUGACUAAGACUAUUUCAAACUUAAGGCGUGAAGCGGAAACGUACCAGAGCGUGCUCAAUCAGGCACGGGAUGAAUUGAGAAAUGCGAAUGAGAAAACUCAAAAGAUGGAACGACAGUUUUCCGAUCUAAAAAAGAGUGAUCAAGUGUUUAUUGAUGAAACAGGUGUUUUAAAUGAUAAAAUCCAAGAGUUAACAAAUCUUCUCAAAAGAAAAGACAUCGAUGUACGGAAAAUGGAAACGAAAAUGGCUGAAUUGUCCUCAGUAGAUGAGAAAAAUAUCAAGCUUGAACGACAAAUCACAGAUUUACAAAUUGAAGUCAACCAAUUUAAAAGUGACUUCAACGACAACAGUUCUGCCUCCGCUAAAUUGACUAAUACUAUUUCAAGCUUAAGGCGUGAAGUGGAAACGUAUCAGAGCGAACUUAGUCAGGCACGGGAUGAACUGAGAAAUGCGACAGAGAAAACUCAAAAGAUGGAACGACAGAUUUCCGAUCUAAAAACGUCUGAACAAGCCUUAAUUGAUGAAAGAGGUUCUUUAAACGAUAAUGUCAGAGAGUUAACAAAUAUUCUCAAAGGAAAAGACAGUGAUAUACGGAAGAUGAAAACAAAAUUGGCUGAAUUUUCCUUUGUAAAAGAGGAAAAUGUUAAAGCUGAACUACAGAUGACAGACUUGGAGAGAUGUAAGAGUGAACUCAAAGAGGCCCAUGAAAAAAUAAGAAAGUUUGAGCUACUAUUGAAAACUGUAAGUGACGAGCAUGGAAAUUGCAAACAUCUCAUUACUUCUCUACGUAAAGAGAAUGAAAAGCUGUCUAUGCCCAAAGUUGAUCAGACAAGACGUUCAGAAGCAACGCUUAGUCAAAGAGAACACGAACUUAGCCUUGCUUUGGAUAAAUCACGGCGCGAGCUACGUGAAGUUCAGCAUGAACUAGAUGACACAAAAACAAGGCUAAGUAAAGUUAUGGGACAGAAACUGACUGACAAUAAUCCAAAUAUUGCCGACCUGAGCGAUAAAAAUCGACCAACAAAACUUGCUGAGCGUUACUCCGAAUUGUAUGACAACCAAUGGACAGAUGCAUUUGAGGUCAUUUGCAAGCAGUUACACGACGAGCAAUCUACAAUCAAAUCACUCAUGGAGAUAUUGAUGAAUGCUGCUAAAUAUUGUCGCGAAGAAGCCAUGACACAGUUGGAAGCAAUACAAGGAAUACUGCUACCCCGAAAGACUGGAUCCACCUUUCCGUCACUUGUUCACAAGAAUUUGAAGGAUUGUCGAAAAGCACUGGGAGAACAAACAGGAGUCGCCAUUUACAAGAAAUACUUACAAGACAUUGCAAAACAGCGUCAGCAGUCUUUGCAACUAGACGUAAAACCAUACGUCAAGGAGUGCGUUGAACUGUGUUGGCUAAUGAGCAUACAGGACCCACCCGUUGUCGUUGCCCCAGAGUUACAACACGGUGCAAAUUUCGACACGGACUUCUACAAGGCGUAUACCAAGAGUGGUCCUCUCGUUGACUACGUCGUCUGGCCCGCCCUUUGCCUCCACGAGAAAGGGCCUCUGCUUUGCAAAGGCAUCGCACAGGGAUAUGGCGGGAAGAAAACAAAAUACUACUUUGGCACUGAACGAACACACGUUCUAAAACAGACACCUAUGGAACCCGUUGAUAAGUCGAAUAGAUGGUUGAAAUCAAAUCAUCUUAACAAAGACGAAAUCAUCAACCCUUUUCAGGAUGAGGUGUAUAAAUUGUCACAAAAUAAUCAUUCGAUUCAAAAAAAUAACGAGUAUCUAGAAAUACAACAUGAACAAGAUUUAUGUCAUGCUGAAUCUUUGAAAAAACAACUUCAUCAGCUGCAGUAUGAUUACAUUCUUCUUUACGACGUGAUCGAACGGCAGAAACGUGAAUUAUUGUCUGACAAUGAUAAACUGAUUAAAGAAAAUAAAACAUUAAUUGUCGAACGAGACAAUCUCCGCAAGCAACGUGACGAAUUAGCAAAGAAAUUAAAUGGUGAAGCUAACUAUGCAUACAAGUCAAAACCAUUCCUGGGAGAUGAACAAACGAAGAACAACUAUUUAAAAACGAAAACAACAUGUGUCGUUGGGCAUACAAAUUGUGAACGACGGGUCACAUUUUAUAAAAAUAAAGCCACUAUUGUUGAUAAACAAUGUCAAUUUUUGGUAAAUGAGAAUAGUCAAUUAAAGAAUCAAACAGCCGAACUACGUAAAGAAAGAAAUGUUAUACAAACACGCUAUGAGAAAAGGUUCAGUAGAGACGUGCCGCUCACAUUUACUAACAGAGGUAAAAAUGGCUCCACACACUCUCUUAAACUGACAGGUAAGGGAAGUCCACCCAAGCAAAGUGAAAAAACAACGACAUCUGAAGAUGAUGAUUCAUCGAUUGAGUAUAUCCAAUUCCAUCACAAAGAAUGUGAUAAAUGGAAACUGAAGAAUGAGCACUUGAAUACAAGAAUAGAGCAAUUAGAAAAUAAACUACUGACAUACAAUCACCAAUUAAGUAGUUCUGAGAACGAAGUGCAAACACAGCGGGAACUGCAUGCACUACGUGACACUAUUGGAAAACAACAAAAACGUAUCGAAUUGUUAGGCGAUGAAAAAGAUAAACUGGAACAGGAAAGGAAAAUGAUUACGAGACAUUCAAUUGAGGAAAAAGAAUGUCAGGAAUUAGAAAUGCAAAAACAUAAAAAGACUUCGAAAACUGUUCAUGAAGAACAUUAUGAUUUUCAGCUGAAAAUUAAAAAAUUAGAACAGCGUAUCGAACAGAGCGCAGAUCAACUUCGUGUGGCCGAAGAACAACUUAACAUCGAAAAAUCAAGAAACAUCAAAUUGUUAAAGGAAAGGACUUCAUACGAAAAGACAGUCGAGAAACUUCGUGUCAUGACCGAAGCAUACGAAAGCGAAAGAUCUAGAAAACACAUGUUAUUUAAUGAAAAAGCAAAAUGCGAAAAAACAGUCGACACACUUCGAGAAGUAAACCAAGAACUCGAAAGCCGAUUAUCAAUGUCGGUGAAAAAAGAUAAAUUUGAAGAAAUAGUUGGAAAACUUCGUGUAUUGAAUGAAACACUGGAAUACGAAAUGUCACAAAACGACAUGCUAUCCAAGGAAAGAAACAAAUACAAAGAACAGGUUGAACAUAUGGCAGAUUACCAUGCACUUCUUAGACAAGAAGAUAAAAAAACAAUGGCUGAAAUUUCCUCAAUAGAAGUUGAUCAGGCAAGAUGUUCAGAAGCAACGCUUAGUCAAAGGGAACACGAACUUAGUCUUGCUUUGGAAAAAUCACGGCGCGAGCUCCGCGAAGUUCAGCAUGAACUAGAUGAUACAAAAACAAGGCUGAGUAAGGUGAUUGAACAGAAACGGACUGACAACAACCCAAAUAUCGCCGAACUAAGCGAUAUAAAUCGACCAACAAAACUUGCUGAGCGUUACUCCGAAUUGUAUGACAACCAAUGGACACUUGCAUUUGAGGUUAUUUGCAAGCAGUUACACGACGAACAAUCUACAAUCAAAUCACUCAUUGAGAUAUUGAUGAAUGUUGCCAAAUAUUGUCGCGAAGAAGCCAUGACACAGUUGGAAGCAAUACAAGGAAUUUUGCUACCCCGGAAGACUGGAUCCACUUUUCCGUCACUUGUUCAUAAGAACUUAAAUGAUGUUCGAAAAGCACUGGGAGAACAAACAGGAGCCGCCAUGUAUGAGAAAUACAUACAAGACAUUGCUAAACAGCGUAAGCAGUCUUUGCAACUAGACGUCAUACCAUACGUCAAGGAGUGCGUUGAACUCUGUUGGCUAAUGAGCAUACAAGACCCACCCGUUGUAGUUGCCCCAGAGUUACAACACGGCGCAAAUUUCGACACGGACUUUUACAAGGCGUACACCAAGAGUGGUCCUCUCGUUGACUACAUCGUCUGGCCCGCCCUUUGCCUCCACAAGAAAGGUCCACUGCUUUGCAAUGGCAUCGCACAGGGAUAUGACGGGAAGAACACAAAGUACUAGUGAUAUAUGGGUGUGUUUCUUUGACGUUAAAAGUUAUUACUUUGUUUGGUAUAGAUUUGCUUAUUUUUGCAUAAUAGUAAGAUGCAUGUGCAAUAAAGAAGUCGCAUUUUAUUUUUGAGUGACUUUACUUGUAUAAAGAGCAAUGUCAGUUGUUAUAUGUAAAUAAGAUAUUCCGUCCUGUUGCUUCCAAUUUAUUUUAAAUGCAGCCACUAUUUUUACCUUUUACAUAUUAUUUCACAUUUAUCCAAUUCAUUCUUUAAAAUGUGAUUACUUUUCCGAACAUUUAAGAUCAACCGUUUUCUCGAAAAGUCAACAAGUAAAACAAGUGUGUUGAUAUUUGUUGAUGAAUCAGAUUGAAUGAAAUAGUAUUGAUUCCUUUGCAAGACAUAAGGAAGUUAAAAUAGUGUCUUUAAUGGUCAAAAUAUGUUAUUAUAAUAACAACUCCACGUCAAUGCUACAUGCGCUUGAAUUUAAAUGUAGUUUUGCGUUCAACAGUUCUCAUUUACUCAACAUCUUUUUUUUUGCAAGAGCACAGUAUAAAUAGUAUAUAUACGUUAAGCUAAAUAUCUUGUAUAACAGGUUUUUGUUGUUGUGCUAUUGGCUUUUUUUCUUGUUAACAUUUACCUUUAGUCUACUCGUGUUUCUCCGUGUGUGUGUAAUUUCUGACAUAAAGAAUCUUUCACACAUAAACAUUACUAAACUAUUUUGUUUCGACUGAUUCCCGUCCAUGUUAUUAUAUUCUAUUUAUGUAAGUGAACAAUUCGAGUGUAAUUGUUGUAUUACGGUUAUUAUUUUUUAAUUAUUGAUGUUAUAUAUAAUGUCAGUGUACCAAACAUAAAUACAUGUUAUAAAUACGUAUUUCAUAAAUAGACAUGCGUAAACCAAAAAAUCUUUUUGAGAACCUUGAAUUUCAAAUUGUGUUUUAAAGAAGUAAAUGUCUGAAAUGGAAUUAAGAUAUUUAGCAAAAUAGUUUUAUAAUUAUAGUUAUUCAGUAAAUGACUAUUUUGCACAGAUGUAUGCUUCAUUGUAAUCAGAAAGCAUUAUGAUCAGUGGUGUUAAAUGUAUUGAUUUGCUACUCUUCCACAAAGGUCUGAAAUAGUGGAGACGUCUUUUAAUAAACUUUCUUUAUAACCUCUGUGGUAUUUGUCCAACUCAACGUUAAAUUGAAAAAGAAACGAUAGUUAUUUUUGGAAAGAUAUUUCCACAUUAAUGGCGUUCGGACAAGCAAGAGAUCUUCAGCGGGAUUAUUCAUAUAGAAAGUAUAUUUUUACAGUUCAGAUAUACCUUUAACGUUUUUUUUUCAUUAUCCUACAAGUCAUUUAUUCUUUCUAAGGUCCGUACUGCCUUAAACUUGAGUAGUAUAUAAACAUGACGAGAGUCAUUUUUGGCAAAGGAAUUUGGCCCUCUCUUUCUUUUAAUAUUUAAAAUGAGACGAAAUGGCCCUAAAAUUUAACUUUCUUUUUUCAUAGAUUUUAUCAUGGAUAAGCAUGCCCUUAUUAAUUUGU